AUGACUUUGAUACUUGAUGGAGUGAAGGAGCACCUUCGACUGAUUCUGGUCGGCCUUCAGGGAGUUGGGAAAAGUGCAGCAGGAAACACCAUUCUGGGCCAAGAAGAGUUUCAGUCAGACCUCAGCGCCACUUCUCUCACAUCCACAAUGCCAGAGCAGCAGGAUCCAUGUGAAGAGCUCAUGAUUAUUCUCUUGGGAAAGACUGGAGUUGGAAAAAGUGCUGCUGGAAACACAAUUCUUGGUGACAAGUUUUUUAAAGUGAAUUUGUCAUCAUCGUAUGUGACAAAGGUUUGCUGGAAAGCUACACAGAAUGUCAACCACACAAAGGUUGCUGUUAUUGACACACCAGGACUGUUUGACCCCAGCUUUACUAUCGAGGAGAUGGUCAGCAGAAUUAAGCUGUGUAUUCCCCUUUCUACUCCCGGUCCACACAUCUCCUUGCUGGUGCUUCAGCCUGGUCGGUUCACAAAAGAGGACAGAGACACAGUGGACAUUUUUCUCAAAAUCUUUGGAGAAGAUGCAAAUAAGCAUGCCAUGAGUUUAUAUAUCCAAGAGUUUGUCGCUGACAAUCCUGAUUUGAAGAUACUCUUCAAGAAAUGCCAGAAGCGAUAUCAUGUUUUUAAUAAUGAGUCCAAAGAUACCAUGCAGGUUGAUCAACUUUUUGAAAAAAUACACAAGAUAAUUUCUGAGAAUGGAGGAUGUUUUUAUACCAGUGAAAUGCUAGAGAAGGCAGAGAUUGCAAUUCAAGAGGAAAAACAGCUAAUCUUAAUGGAAAACGAAGAGCAAGAACUGGAGGAUCUGAAAAUCAGAUAUGAGGCAGAGGCUCUCAAACAGGCCAUAACAGAGCUGUGGGAAAGAAAAGAGAGGGAGGCGAGAGAGAAAGCAGAAAGAAACAACACAUAUCUCAAAAUAAUUGUGGAGUUUCUGUUCACUACUCUUGAAAAGUUCAUUAUGAGAAACCUUGGACAAAAUCAAUGA